AUGGCAGGACUUGAUGUUUCUCCAGCUAAGGCCAUACUUUUAGCAGUCCAGCUAGCCACCAAAGCGGAUAUACCAACCCUCCAAUCCCUUAUAGCACAGCAUUCGAAGACUCUCCACCGAGAGCUUGUCCUGCGCAUCCUCCUCAGCCAUCUACCGGAAACUGUCGAAUCUUUGAAAUAUGUCUCUUUGCUUGAAGAUCUCGUUUCUGGAGGAACCACGGAAGAUUCCAAAUACCCAGCCAACAACCACACCUUGGCUGAAAUGAGCGAAAUAGAGGCACAGAAGAAAGUUCGAAAGCUACACCUACUUCAUUUGAAAUGGCCAUAUGCUCCAGAAGAUGACCCCGCAGACCCCUUUGUCUGCUUUCUUGUCCUUCGAGCAUUACGAAUUGACGAAAGUACUGGACUGAUCGCACAAUUACCAGGCUUGCUUGAGCCAUUCCUACAUCAUUCUAUGUAUCUUCGAACUUGGAUGAUAUCUACCAUUUUACCUCUUGUGCGGUUAAACUACGAAUAUCACCCGGGGAUUGUGACUCUUCUUACAAUUUCUGAGUUUGAGCUUUUGGACGACAAGGCUGGGGUCAAUCUGCUACUCUCUAGAACCGGCAAGGAGGAGACUAAGAAUGAGACAAAAAGUGUUGGGCGAGACCUACGGGGUUUGAUAGGGCCAUGGAUGUAUGGCGAUAGUAGAUGGAAGAGAAGAAAACUCCACAGGAACUCCGAGAUUCGAAAGCAGGUGGCUAUGCCCAUGAACGAUAGCCUGUUUGCGAACGAACGAUGUGUUGGUUGGGAGGAGGUGUUUCAAUGGGUCACCAAACAAGCAGCCACAUCUUGGAAAACAGCUGUAGAAGCCGUGGAACAAUGGGAUGGCCCAGGAGAUUCAGAUUUUGGGAGUUAUGGAGAUGGUGUUAUUUGGCUAGAUGAAAAUGACCAACAGCAUCUGGAGAGAAGAUAUGCCCGAGCAGCAAUUGCUUCGGCAUAUCUCAUCUCUGAGGAGUCUAUUGAAGCACUGAAUGGUAUUGACCGAAUAUUGUCACGGAUAAUCACUUUGAUGGAUCAGGAUAGGACUCCGACCUUGCAAGCCGCGGCCGCCCUGCUUUCUCCUGUGUUCGGCCUGGGAGACGUCUUGUCUGAAAAGAAUGCUUUGCAUCUCCGGAACGACUUCCUUAGCGACCAGAAUAUCUUAACUGCCCCGAAUGAAACAUCUCUGCGAUUACUUCACGCUUUACUGGUUUCUACAUACAUAUGUAUGAAGACUGGACAUAAGCUCACGAUCAGGAGGGCAGGGGAACUUGCGCUCCUCCAGAAUGAGCAGGAACAGGGAAUCACUCUCUCAAGAUUGAUGAUGAAUAUCGUCAAUGGGCCCAAAGAGGACGACAAAUACUGGAUUCGUGUGAGAAAUGAGUUACUUUGGUUGCAUAGUUGGGGUGCCGAAGAGCUUUCGGAAGGUGCAGAUGCAACGAAAGGAAGGGGCAUCCUUGGGAAACUUCGCCAGGACCUUAUCGAGACUGAGAUCCUGAAAACCCUCCUGAAGAAUACCCGAUAUUCUCUUGCGAAAUCAAUCUACGAGACAGGUCCAGAUCGACCUCUGCCAAGGAAGGUUUUAGUGGAAACCAUCAUCUCAUCAGCUAUGAAUGCUUACGACAAUGCUACCAACGCCAACAAAACACGUGGAGGCGUAAAGCAAUGUCUUGACAUUUUGACUACAUUCCAUGACACGCUAAAAGAGUCUGUCGACCAAGACCAACUUUUCCAUCUGGUAGAUGUCACGCAUUCUAUAGGACGGUAUCGGUUGGUAUUUAAGCAGGGAGAGCCAUUCAAACCUGUCAGCCUACGAGUCCAUGGUGAUCCAAUAUCAAUCAUCGGCAAGGUUCUUGAGCAAAACCCCAAAAGUUACGCCAAGAUCAAUGAUUUUAUUGACAUGGGACAAAAUAUGGUAAAGGCAGGGCUCGUUGCUCGAAGUGUCUCAGGCCACACGAAACCUCUAGAUGUGGAUCAGACUCGGGAGCAAGAAUCCAUUGCGGAAAAGCGAGUGGUUAGCAUGUGCAUCGAUGCCUCUCUUGUUGAGGAUGACUUCGAAACCGCUUAUUCCUAUGUAACAACUCGUCUUAGGAAGAUUGCUGGCCCGGCACAAGCUCGCACGCCAGAGCCUACUGAUAACGAAUCCGGACUUUUUGCGAAAGUACCUGCGCAAGCAAUGGACGAUUGGUCAUGGCGCGCUGCCUUGCAAGCCGGCAAGUAUCGGCGUACUGCAUACACUACAAGGCCAACUCAUCUUGGCAAUGCGAGCGGUAAUCCGGAGAUUCGGCAUUUGGAGCAACGCAUGGAGUGUCUCGCCCAGGCUCUUCGACUUGCCCCAAAAGCAACCCUUCCAGAGAUCAUCAACGUCUUUCGCCGUUGUGAGGAGGAAUUGGAGACACAUGUCAAGCAAGAGACUGAACAAGAGGCCGCAUGGGAUGCACAAGGAGAUGAUCAAGCCAUGCCUGGUGGCUUUGCAGCUACACCAAUGAAGAAUAAUGCUGCAGCAGGUGCUUCUCGUGCCGUAGAAGAGGCUCCUCUAUCUCUUUUAGAUCUUUCGGUAGCAAGCGCAGCUCGGGCCCAGAGGUCCCUCGCCGCUUUGUCAGUGUUCAGAAGUACUGGUAGCGACCCCAGCAAUCAUAACGCUCCGCCAGCGGCUCGUGAGAGCAACGAUAGCUCUAGGGUAGCCACGCCAGAUUCUGCUGCCAGAAACACGACGCGGAAGAGAGAUCAGCUGAAGAACGCAGCUGUUGGAGGUCUUGCUAGUGGCAUUGGCUGGCUUCUUAAUGCUCCACCUGUGAGGAACAAUGAGGAUGGCGAGGAUGUGCCUCACGGCUCACCCUGA